UCCCUGCUUUGGGUAACCCCAACCAGCCCAGGCUGGAGGCAUCCCCUUUGGUGAUGUCUCCCUUCAGUCACAGUCCUUUUAGAGCUGCCACCCUUUGGUCGUGAUCUCCACUUGACGGUGGCCUCAUAGUCCACCAGUGGGGAGUGGAUGGAAGGAUGCAGAGGAGCCGGGGUGCAGCCCCUCCCAGGGAAAUGGCUUCCAGGCAGCAGUCGACAUAGAGCCCGCCCGGAGGAGGAGUUUGCAGUAUCGGGAAAUCGAAACUGAGAGAUGGGAGAGGCGGGGGGAGUCCCGGAGCCGUGCCACGACAUGGCUGGUCUCGAACCCACCGUCCCGCAGCUGGAGAACGACUUCCAGUUCGUGCUGUGCGAGGGAUGCAGGCAGCAAUCGCCCGACCUGAAGCUGCUCACCUGCCUACACACGCUGUGCCUGGGCUGCCUGAGAGAGAACAAGCCCGUGGGGCAAUGCCCAGUGUGCCAGGCUCCCAUCCCACAGCCUGACGGCAUCCCCGACGUGGACAACGUGCUGUUCAGCAGCCUGCAGAUCCACCUGAGCAUCUACCAGCGUGUUAUCAGUGGGGCUGAGCUGCUGUGUGACAACUGUAGGAGCAGCAGUGAGUAUUGGUGCCCGGAGUGCAAGGAGUUCCUGUGCACAAAGUGCUUUGAGACCCACCAGCGCUACGUCAAGAGGGAGAACCAUGAGGCCAAGAGGGUGCAGGACAUCAGGGUGGGAUCACCGCAGGAGUUCCUCGAGGGCACCAGGAGGACCAGCAGCUUGUCCUGCCCCAUCCCAACCCACCAGAACCUGACUCUAAGCAUCUACUGCAAGCAGUGCAGCAGGGUGAUGUGCUGCAUCUGCGCGCUGCUGGACGCCGCUCACAGCGGGCAGCACUGCGACGUCAGCACGGAGGCACGGCUGCGGCAGGACGAGCUGGCAGUGCUGGGGCAGGAGCUGGAGCAGUGGAGGGGCAGAUUCGAGGCAUCGCAGGCGGCGCUGCAGAAGGAGAUGGAGCGGCUGAAGCAGGCAGGGAGCGCGGUGCGGGAGCUGGUGAAGCAGCGCGUGGAGCAGCUGGUGAGGCUGAUCCGGCACCAGGAGCAGGAGCUGCUGGCGCUGGUGGAACGGAGGCAGGAGAGGGGCAGGAAGGAGCUGGAGGGGGAGCUGCGGCGCGUGGAUGCCGUGCUGCGGAGGAUGGAGGCGGGCAAGAGGCUGGUGGAGAAGAUGGGCCUCUAUGCCACGGAGCAGGAGGUGAUGGACAUGCAGCCCUUCGUCAAGGAUGCGCUGGAGGAGCUGCGGCGGCAGCGCCCGCUGGUGAAUGGGGAGUUGAUGCUGCAUGAGGACUUUGCCGAGUGCCGUGCCAGGCUGCGGGCGCUGACUGAGUGCAUCGAGGGGCUGCAAGAAGCUGCCCCAGCUCCAGCCACCAUGAAAAAUUCCCACCAGGUCCCAUUGAUGGCCUCCACCCCUGCCAAGAGGAAGAAAGAGGAAGGCACCAGCACGCUGCCAUCCCCUGUAAAGAUGAUAAAGGCUGAGAAAGACGAUGAUGAGGGGAACACACCAGUGAUGCCACAGGAACCAAACUGCUUGCCACAACCCCAUACCAGCUUUUCUGCACCCACCAUGGCUGCCAGCAGGGAAGGCUGCCUGCUGAACAGCACGCCAGGCAGCAGCAAUGAGAUGCAUGACUCAGAUAGCGACCUUCUUAACUUGGGCAGUGAUGAAGAGGACAGCAGGGAUGAGGAGUUGGAUCCCAGCCUGCUUGAUGAUAUGUUCGAGGAUGGAACCAGCAGAGACAACUCUCUCCUUCCCAUCUGCCUCCAGAACACACUGGAUGCGGAACAAGGAUAUGUGGUCUUCUUUGACAUUAAGAUUUGGAAAAAUGAAAUCAUUCAUAUGGUGGUGGUUGACAAAGAGAAAAUGCUCUCAGUCCUCAUUCAGCCCACAGUGUGUUUUCCCAACUCAGCGGCCAAAACUAAUGGCUCUGAGGUGGGCCUGAGGGAUCUGCUGAUCCACCUCAGCACCAUCCGCAGGCCCAUCCUGGCUGCAUAUGGUCUCUGGUCACUGCCCUUUCCCACCCUCCUGAAAAACCUGACGGCCAUUGGCAUGAAAGCAGAGUUCUUCUCCGUGGUGCAUGGCUUCAUGGAUGUUCUACCCCUAAUAAAGGAGAAGAUCCCAGAGAAUCAGAGCUGCAAGCUGGAGAACUUGGCCAACAGCUUGCUGUGGCAGGACCUCAGCAACUGCAGCACCAUGGAGAGUGCCAGGGCCACCAGGGACCUCUGCAACGUCCUGGAGAUCGACCUGAACAACAGACCCAUAAAGCUCCUCAGCCCUGCCAACCUGGAAUCCUUCAUGUCCCUUCAGCCCUUGCUGGACAAGAAGCUGCUCACCCGGCCCUCGGCCCAGACAUUGGCUUCCCAUGGCAUCGGCCUCCCCGAGCUGCAUGACUGCUUUGCUUGUGACCCUGCCAGGGGUCUACGCAGAAUGUGUGCCUUGGUCAAUGCCGUCCGGCAUCCCUCUGAGAAGAAGGUCCGUCAACUCAGCAAGAUCAAGGCCUACUUCCAGCAGCAGCCACUGGCAGGUAGCAGCCAGGCCUCACUAUGUGACGAGUUACAGGAGGCCACGAAGACCAAGCAAGACUGCUGAAAGGUAGUCUGAACCAAACCCAUCCCAUUGCCCUGCUUGGGAUGUAACCUGGGUUUGGGGUAUUGCCACAGGUUACCUAGAUUUACCUAUGCCUGUGACAGGGGGGAGCCACCCCGUGCAUCUUGCAGAGCUGCUUAUUGUUGCAUACAGGGGAUAAAGAGGGGGGAGAUGUUGCAUAUUGUGUAGGUGGUGCCUGUGUGCACCUGGGGUGGAGUCAGGGUGGUCACCUGUACCACUAUAUAGGGUUUGUGGCGCGGCAUUAAACUGGUACUUUCAGCGUUA